CGGAGCGGUGCGUUGCAAUCUGGCAGCAUAGACCUUCAACAGCAUUACUUCCAUCAUGUCUCUUCCUCGCUCAAAUUAUGACCCAAGGAGGGUAUGCUUGAACCCAUUUCCUAAUUUCUCGCUAGGAAAGUACAGGAGGACAAUUGGAGUAUACCUUGCAGGCGGCCUGUUUGCGCUAGCCAACUGGACAUUCCUAGAUGCAGCCAUUCUGUCAGCACAUGCACACGCACCUUACGGCGAGCCCGAGCUGCCACCACCUGUUCAUGUCACUUUUGCCGAUUGGGUCCCAGGGAUUUGUUCCCUCCUAGGAAUGCUCGUCGUUAACCUGAUUGAUAAGGAUCGUGUGAGAGGGGAAGAAGGGUUCCAGGAUCCUAGGGCCGUUUGGAGGGCGCGGCUGUUCUUGUUCAUCGGCUUUGCUUUGAUGGCGGGAGGUUUGGCUGGUAGCGUCGCAUUGCUUGUGUUGAAGUACAUCACGCACGCCUAUGAGGAACAGUACACCUAUUAUGGAUACGCCAGCGUUUCUCAGAACGUCGCUUUGAUGUUGUCGGCUAUUGUUCUAUGGAUGUCGCAGAGCGUGGGGAACGAGUACGAGUAUAAUCUCUCAAUUUGAUGAUUGGAUAAGUGUCUUGGUUUUUGUACGGAUGGACCAUGUUUCGUUUGACUCCUUUUCUUUUGUACGUAGUGUACUAUUUCUUGAUUGUAUGACGUUGACGUCUUGUAUCUUCUCGCGCCGCUCGUUCGGGAUUGGAAGACACAAAAGUUGAAGAAGGCACAGUCAUCUAGUGAAGUAUUGAGAUCGGCAGUUACCGACAACGAUC